AUGUAUGCGAGAGCUCUUUCAGUUGGCCUGGCUAUUACUGGCUAUGCCCACGCACAGUCGGAAACAGCACCUCCUCCCGGCGACCUCUAUGGCGGCAACAGUCUGGCCGUGAUUCAAGACAGCGAGACAGUAUCGCAGGCUUUUCCUGAAGUUGAUAUAGAGCUACGGUCGCCGUAUUUCUUGAACCGAGAUCGCGCGAAUGCCGGCUUUGCCAAUGCAGACCGCAAUGACUGGAUCACGUACCGACCUGCAGACUACAAGACUGAGGAAGGACGGCCUUUGCCAUAUGUCUUUCUUUCUCAAUCGGCCUCUAUUGGUGAAGCGACCAACAACACGAAGCUCAAAGUCUACAUCCAAGCAGCAAUUCAUGGCAACGAGCCUGCCGCAGACGAGGGCGCUCUUGCACUGCUCGGAAAGAUGGAAGCCAACCAAACUUGGACCGCCUCGCUCCUGGAGAAGAUGGACAUCCUUAUGCUGCCACGCUGGAACGCAGAUGGAGUGGCAUAUUUUCAACGCCGAAUGGCUUGCAACCUCGACCCGAAUCGUGAAGCCGUGAAGCUUGAUCGUCAGCAAACUCGGGAUAUCUGGAGGAGAACUCACGAAUAUGCGCCUCAUAUUGAUAUGCACGAAUACACAGCAUCGACGACGUUUGGCGAGAAUGGCGAGUAUCAACACGCGGUAGAUGUCAUGCUUGGAAUUGCAGCCGACCUCAACAUCCAUCCAGAUAUCCGAGAUCAGGCGCUGAAUGUUUUUCUGCCUAACAUUGGUGAUCGAUUGGAGAGCUACGGACUCCGGCACGACUACUAUGUGACUGGACCAGCAAACACCAGCGUUCCAGAAUUCACGCAGUCUGGCACAGGGGCGCGUUUCGCAGAGAGCGCGACUGGUCUCACACAGGCUAUCGCUUUCCUGUUCGAGACUCGCGGAAUCCGUCUGGCCGAUCAGCACUUCCAGCGUCGUGUCGCUUCUCAAUUAGUCAAGCUGACUUCUGUGCUCGAGACCGCUCGUGACGACGACAAUCUUUACAACCUGAUCGAGAAUGCUCGUUCCGAAUUCAUCAACAGCAACGAGGACAUUGUCAUCACGGAUGCCACGACCACUAUCAACAGGACAUAUCCUCUCGUCUCACGCGAGAACGGGUCCGUUGUGGAAGUGCCCGUCACAUUCAUCGAAACUCCGACGAUUGCAAAUCUGACACGAUCUCGUCCAGAGGCCUACCUAAUCCCUCGUACAUGGUUGGAUGUGGUCGCCAAACUGGAAAUCCUCGGUCUCGAAGUUCAGACUCUUGACUACGAAUAUCGCGGAACGGUGGAAGCCAUGACGAUUACGAACAAUACGCUAGCCACAUCGCUUUACGAAGGCCAUGUCUUGAACACCGUAACCACGAACACCACCACGAAGGAAGUCAGUCUUCCUGCGGGCAGCUUUUUGGUCUCGACUCGUCAGAAGAAUGCUGGGCUGGCGUUCGCAGUCCUGGAGCCAGAGAGCACGGAUUCUUACGUGACGUUCAACUUCAUCCCAUUGGACGUCAAUGAUGAGUAUCCGAUUUACAGAGUCAUGGCAAAUUAG